UGAAGUUGAAAUGCUCGUUGCGAGUCGAAGGAAGAGGAGAAGAACAUAGCAUAACGAGUCAGAGCCAGGUUCCUUUUCAUCAUUUUGCUCUAAUUUUCUUUAACCUUCAUAGUGUCUGUGGUUUCACCGCUUUGUAACCUGCAAUGAAUAUGUCUGGGUUAACUGCUAGCCCAUUGAGAUACAACCUUCAUCUACCUGUGCGAUGUCUUGGUUUGCCUAGCAAAAGGGUCCUGGUAUUUCCUAAUGUAUCGAGAACUAGAUGCUGGGCUGACGUUACAAGGAAAUGUAACAUACAACGAAGUCCUCUAAUCAAGUGUUCAAUGUCUGCUUCCUAUGGUGAUUCCAUGGGCGAUGCUGCUGCUGUUUUUCCUAGGAUCAACGUAAUGGAUCCAUACAAACGACUUGGAAUCAGCAGGGAGGCUUCUGAAGAAGAAAUCCAAUCAGCUCGAAACUUCCUAAUACAAAGAUAUGCUGGUCAUAAGCCAAGUGUAGAUGCGAUUGAAUCAGCCCAUGAUAAGAUAAUUAUGCAAAAGUUUCAUGAAAGGAAGAACCCAAAAAUAAAUAUUAAGAAAAAGGUCAGGGAAGUAACUCAAUCUAAGGCUGUGCAGUUGGUUGCAAGCAGGUUCCGUGAGCCGGCAACAUCUUUCUUGAUGAAAACUUCCAUUGCUUUCAUUGUUCUUGGAGCUAUUACAGUUCUCUUUCCAACUGAUGAAGGUCCAACUCUUCAAGUAGCCAUUUCCCUGAUCACUACCGUGUAUUUCAUUUAUGACCGGCUAAAGACCAAACUUCGCGCUUUUCUCUAUGGGGUUGGCGCUUUUAUUUUCUCGUGGCUGUUAGGAACGUUCUUGAUGGUAUCGGUAAUCCCACCUAUACUUAGAGGCCCCAGGAGUUUGGAGGUUACAACUUCACUGAUAACCUAUGUGCUGUUGUGGGUUUCUUCCACUUAUCUCAUAUAGGGUUCUGUUACUUUCUUCCAAUUUUGUAAGUUGAUAGAGGUAAGACCGGGGGUACUGCCUCUGACAUUUGAAACAGAAUGUAAGUUUGCAGUUUAUAAAUAUAUAUUUCUUAACUGAGUCCACCCAUUUGAUUAGAAACGACAAUGCACAUUCUCGAUU